AUGCUCACUAACCGAGAAGCUCAGAUUGACGCGGAGCAGGUCUCCAGCCAACAUUCGGUCUGGCGCGAUGUGUACCGUAUUAUGCGUUGCCCUAGGCCUCCAUGUCGCCAUAAAGGACAAUACUGUUGGCAAGAUCCAGAGGGGAAGAGGCACCAUAGGUUGAAGACACACCAUCUUAAGGCCCUUAUUAAAUACGUGGAGCAAGGUGGAGUUCUCGAGACGCACGAUGACGUUCCUAACAGUGUUCGCGAGCAGCUCUAUGCCGAGGAGAACCAGCGAGUGGACAAAAAUAAGAAGGCCGCGGAUAACUCUGCAAUUGCUUCAAUGUGCCCUCCCAUCAAUAUCAACAAUUUCCUUCCAGCUAGAACAUCUCAGCAGUCGACACCUCCUCUUUCAGCAAAUGAGGCUACGCCAGCCAAGUCCAGCUAUCCUAAACCAAUCAUAAUCCACGGGCCGCUUGAUGUCGCUGUGGAAGAAUAUGCCGAAUGGCAGCUAUCACGGGCGAGCAACGAGAUGUUUCGAGAUAGUAUCAACAAAGCACGGGAUGUGACUCUCGAGAAUUGUCUCGAUCUCAUGCAAGUACACGAGGAUCAAGACCCGGAUUUCUUCGUCAAGCACGGCGUGAAAGUAGGUGCUGCACGACGGUUUGUCCGUGACAUUGGCCUCUGGGUGAAACGACGCAAAGAAGUCACUUUCCAUAGCAGCCUCUCGGACUAG